AUCGCAUGGCACAGACUCACAGAGGACAAUAUGCGUUUGCGUGGCGUCCUGGCGUGAUGGAUGUUAUAAUGUACUUAUUGUGGUGUAAAGUAAACAAUAAACAUAUUUCAAGCGCCCUCAUUCAUUUCACAUCCAAAAAUUGCUUUUUUGACGUGUGAACGGUAGUAAUUAAUAAACGUAGACCCCAUUUUUAUUAGGAGUUUGAGCAUGACUAAAGUUUCCAUAAUAAUUCCAGUACGUAACGGCGAACAGUGGAUAAAUAACUGUUUAAAAUCAAUAACAGACCAAUCUAUACUUAAUUCAGGAAUCGACAUCGAAAUCGUUGUAUAUAAUGACGGAAGCAAUGAUGAAACAGAGAAUUUGCUGAAGGAAUGGCAGCGCUACUUUAUAAAACAUGGAAUUGAGUUAAUUUUAACCGGAUCUGCAAUUUCGAGAGGCGUCGGUGCCGCUAAAAAUGGGGCAGUGUCUAUGAGCACAGGAGAAUUCCUUUGUUUUCAAGAUAUUGAUGAUGUUAUGCACCCAGACAGGAUACAUCUCCAGCUACUUGCUGCAGAAAGUAAUCAUAAUGCAAUUGUUGGCAGUAAUAUUUCUCGAAUACCGCACGAUUCUACUCCGCGUCUGGUUCGCUGGGCCAAUAGUCUCAGUGCUGAACAACUAAAAUUACAAAUCUACACUGCCAAUGGGCCCACCUUGUUAAUGCCUACUUGGUUUUGCCACAGAACAGUAUUUGAAAGAGUGGGUAGUUUUGAUGAAAGUGGCAAAGGCACUCCGGAAGACUUGAUAUUCUUUUAUUCACACUUGGAUGUGGGAGGAGACUUGAUUAAAGUCAACAAGGAAUUACUUAUUUACACCUACCAUGAAGGUGCGGCAACAUUUUCUGUUAAAAGAGAAAUGAUAUGGCAAAUCCAGUUAGAACGAUUGCAAAAGCUUGUUUUACCAAAUUGGGAGACAUUCACUAUUUGGAAUGCUGGUAAAGCAGGCAGAAGAUUGGUUCGAGCUUUGAAUCAGGAGCAUAUAAAAAACGUAGUAGCUUUUUGUGAUGUUGAUAUGAAGAAAAUUGGGUCUACAGUUGAGUUAUACUGCCCGGUGAAGAAAGCAGUCUUCAUUAGUGUACCAGUUAUUCAUUUUUCUGCUGCAAAACCACCUUUACUCAUUUGUGUGAAGCUAGACAUGACUAAUGGCAUUUUUGAACAAAAUCUCAAGUCAAUGAACCUCAAUGAAGGAUUAGACUAUAUCAUAUUUAACUAAAAAUUAUUAUUUUUACACUGAUCUAUGAAUAUAAUAUAUUAUGUAGUUAUCUACAUAAUAUAUCUACCACUGUGCCAUAAAAAUGUAAUUAAGAAAAUAUGGUUUAGUACAUAUGUAUUUUUCUAUACUAGUUGG